CCGUUGGCAGCAGACGUCGCGAGCGAGCAUCACGUCGCAUCUCAUUUCGUCCACACCGACAAGUGCGCGAGUUCCUCACACCCCCCCCCUCCCACACGCGACUCGGUUUGCGGUGUUGUACGCGUUCCGACAGCAGUCGUCCUGUCCGGCGACGGACGUUUGCUGUCCCGUCUGCAAGUGCGCACGGGAAACGAUAGUAACGACCCACAUACCACAAGUAACCCACAGAUAAGGGAAGUUUUCGAGCAAGGACCGCGAACGCACGAGGUGCCGCACUGCAGUGCGUGCGAAACGACUCGAUCGUCAUGACAACGUGCAGAAGUCUGCUGAUUCGCAGUCACGCGGCCCGUGAACGACGUCGUUGACAGGUGUUCGAAGUCGCCGCACGCCAUACGCCCUCCGCCGCGGGUGUCCGUCCGUUCCGAGUGUAACCGCGUCGUCUCCUCCGCAGCCGCAGCCGCCGCCACCACCACAACUAACCCUCGUCGACGGGAUCGCCCAUUCCGACGUCCACACCGCCACGCGAUGGCCCGAUCCGGGGUCGUGGCGCCUCUUGUCCAGUUGCUGCUGUGCGCGGCCGCUCUGCGACCCGCCGCAGUGAUGGUCAGCGGCCAGGACGCAGACUCAUUGGCCAGCAGUUUUUUCUCAGGUUUACUGGACACUAUCACCAGUACGGCGGACAGCAAGGACUGUCCUGGUGUGUGCGUGCACACGCUGGCCACGCUCAUAUGCUACGAGGUGCUGGAAAACGUCAAGUGCCCCAGCCCGACGAUGCGGUGCUGCGUGGAACCUCCUCCGCUGCCAGCCAACGGCACGGCGGCCAUCGUCAACAAGGUGGACCAAACCACGCAAACCGCAGUGUCCAGCACCCGCCCGCAAACGGUCUCCUCUAGCAGCCAACAGCAGAGGCCGGCUGUUAACUCGUCGUCCGCGGACAAUCCGGGGAUCGUGUGUCCGGGAGUAUGUGUGGCUGAGAGGAUAGCGGACUACUGCGAGGCCGUUCUAAACGUGACGGAGAUGUGCAAGACGGGUCUGCGAUGUUGCGUGUCUAAGGACGCGUUCGCCGGUGCAGAACACCUGGUCGUGUUGGACAGGAACUCGACCAGGAUCAGCUUGAACAACGCUCCACACCGACCGCCGCCACCAUCGUCCACCACGACAACGGCGUCAACGACCACAGCGGCCGCGGAUACCUCAGCGUCUGCGGCCGCGCCCCCGCCGCCUGUGGGCAGCAAACAGUGUCGCGGCGAGUGCGUUAGUGGGCUGUUCGCGCUGUUUUGCGACGACGUGGACGCCGACGCGUACUGUCCCGGCGACGACAGCAGCUGUUGCGUCACCGCGCCCGCCGACGGACAGUCGGGCCAGCAGCAGCCGCCACCGCCACCGCCACCGCGUCCCGCUCAGCCGUCCAAACAACCUUCGGCCAAGCCGCCGCCACCGUCCACCACGGCCGCGGGGCCACCGUUGCCCAAGUGCCCGGGCUUCUGUUUGCUCAACCUGAUGGCCGCGUUCUGUGAACGGCCGUCGGUACUGGUGUCGUACACGUCCACGUGCAAACGCGGCUCGGUGUGCUGCGACAACACCAAGGCGGCCGCCCCGUCGCCCGCGCACACGGCGCAAAAGCCCAAGCCCCGGCCACCCGCGCCGACCACCACAACAGUGGCCACGCCACCCGCACCGCCCGACGGACGGCCAGAGUGUCCGGGAUCGUGCAUUGUCCCUUACUUGUCGUUCACUUGUUUCAGAAACGCGGAAAUGACGGACGUAUUCAAAUGUCGAAAACCGGGAACGCAGUGUUGUGCUUCAAAAACUCAAAUCCGCGAAGUUGUCGAACAGAAAACUGGCGUCAUUAACCAAGGGGCCAAUUCACAGCAAUCUACGCCGCAAACCUAUGGUGGGUUUACACACAGAAACGAUACCAUACCGCCGUUUAGGCCGCACGUGCCCAGUUCGUUACAAGUAUACACCCCGUCGCCAGUCGAUUACUCGGCGAAUCCUACAGUGUCCACACUGACUACGUCAAACCCUGUACCUUCCAAACCGUCGACGUAUAGCAAGUACGUAUGCGGUGUAAAGGGAACGUCUAGGACGCGGACGUCGAGAGUAGUCGGUGGAGAAGACGCGGACGCGGCCGAGUGGUGUUGGCAAGUGGCGUUGAUCAACUCUUUAAACCAAUAUCUCUGCGGUGGAGCAUUGAUCGGCACUCAGUGGGUAUUGACCGCUGCGCAUUGCGUGACAAACAUUGUAAGGUCCGGCGACGCGAUUUACGUGCGUGUUGGCGAUCACGAUUUGACCAGAAAAUACGGAAGUCCGGGGGCCCAGACGCUUCGGGUGGCCACCACGUAUAUCCACCACAACCACAAUUCUCAGACUCUGGACAACGACAUUGCCCUGCUCAAGCUCCACGGUCAAGCCGAACUUAAGGAUGGCGUGUGCUUGGUGUGCCUACCGGCAAGGGGUGUCAGUCAUGCAGCCGGCAAGCGGUGCACCGUUACAGGGUAUGGGUAUAUGGGCGAAGCAGGUCCGAUCCCAUUGCGCAUCCGAGAGGCCGAGAUCCCGGUAGUCAGCGACACAGAGUGCAUCCGUAAGAUAAACGCAGUUACCGAGAAGAUAUUCAUACUUCCAGCCAGCAGCUUUUGCGCCGGUGGUGAGGCUGGAAACGACGCCUGCCAGGGAGAUGGCGGUGGACCUCUUGUGUGUCAAGACGAUGGAUUUUUCGAAUUGGCUGGAUUGGUGUCUUGGGGUUUUGGAUGCGGCAGAAUAGAUGUACCUGGUGUAUACGUUAAGGUUUCAUCGUUUAUUGGAUGGAUCAAUCAAAUUAUUAGUGUAAACAAUUUGUAAUUUUAAAUAUUCAAACAUUAUUUUGCGUCAGUUCAAAUAAAAAGUCGAAUAUUGUUUAAAUUUAGCUUAAAUUCAUCAAUAAUUUAUUUAUUUA